GGUUGCAGAAUAGCUCCAAAUAGGGCAUGAAGGGUUCUAGAAGCGCACCUCGCGUGUUCUUUACAAGGCAAAGUGCUUCCCACUGGUGGGCGAGGGCAGCUGCAGCGUGCCGCUUGCACGUGGUGCCCCUUUAAAGCACCUGGUAAUCAGGGUGCAGGAAGCAGAGACUACUGCUCUAUGGACUAAGCAGCGCAGUCUCUACCUUUUCCAGAUUUUCUUCAUCCUUAACAGAGGCUGGCCAUAAAUAUCAGUCUGCACGUAACUUGGAUCAGCAAUAACUCAGUUAUCCUUGAAUGGGCAAAGGACCUGUUGCUGCCAGUACAUCUAUUGACUUAUUUCAGGUGUUUAUAAGCAAGUUCUUGUAUUAGGAGCACGGAUAUCCGAAAUGUGCGCAAACAAUACCCAUUGGAACGAGAGUGCACCAGACGGCAAAGAAGCAGGUCCCGAAGUGGUAAUAGUACCUGUGAUCUUUGGACUGAUAUUUUUCAUUGGCAUCAUUGGGAACACUCUGGUCAUGGUAGUCAUUGGGAGGAUUAAGUCUCGGAGGUCUCGAAGUACCACCAACACCUUUAUCCUGAAUCUUAGCAUAGCAGACCUGUCUUUCCUCUUGUUCUGUGUCCCCUUCCAAGCUACCAUCUAUUCUCUGCCAGAGUGGAUCUUUGGAGCUUUUCUUUGCAAGUUUGUGCAUUACUUUCUGAUGGUCAGCAUGUUGGUGAGCAUAUUUACCUUAGUAGCCAUGUCUGUGGACAGGUACAUCGCUGUGGUCCACGCCAAGAGGUCCCCCUGUAUUCGAAAUAAGAAGAACGCCUCAAUUGCGGUGGGCGUUAUCUGGGUGCUGUCCUUUAUCAUUGCGGUCCCAGUGGCACAACAUCAGAUUCUUAUUAACCAUGUUGAAGCCCCCAACAGUUCCUUCUGCUGGGAAGAUAACUGGUCAAAUGAAGUCUUAAGAAAGAGCUAUAAAGUUACCAUCCUGGUUAUUGGCUAUCUUCUGCCUCUGGUGUUAAUAUCGUGCUGUUAUGCUAAGGUACUGUAUCACCUUCACAAACGAAUGAAGAAUAUGUCCAAGAAGUCAGAGAGAUCUAAGAAAAAAACUGCUCAGACAGUUUUUUUGGUGGUCGCUGUGUUCCUCAUUUCCUGGAUGCCACAACAUAUCAUCAUGAUAUGGGUGCAGUUUGGACAGUUUCCCUUAAAUGAUGGUACAUUUGCCUUUCGGAUCAUCUCACACUGCAUGGCAUAUGGCCAUUCCUGUAUCAACCCCAUAAUAUAUGCAUUCCUGUCUGAAAACUUCAGAAAAGCUUGUCGGCAAGUUUUCACUUGUAGGUUCCUUCUUCAGCCACCCCCUGAGGAAAAGGUGGUGAGAAUCCGAUUUGAGAACUUUUCCACAACGCACUCUACAACAAAUGUUUGAAAUGACUGCCCCAUAGGUGUGAAUCUGUAUUUAGCACUGCUGUAAAAGAGGAAGAUUAAGUGAAAGUAAAUGAAUGCACUAAAAUAAUUACAAUUAACGAGACUGAACCUAAAAGCAUUAAGUUGCUUUAGUGGCAAUCUGGUCGAAUGUCUGUUAAAAAGAUUUGUUACUUAAGUCUUGCAAGAUGGCUCAGCCUGCCAUCUCUUGAAAGUCUUAGCAUUAGGACUGUGUGAUGCUUUGAAUGUUUACGUUUUGGAGCUUUGGUUAAAUAUUUCACAGUAAAGGUCAUUGUAACUAUAGUCAUUUAUCCGUAUAAUGUUUGUUAAAAUACAUAGAUGCAUAAAGGGAAAUGAAAUCAAAUCGUACAUUUUAAGUGUGAGAGUGAGCUGUACAAACUACAACAACUCUGAGUAACUUAUGAUCGUAUUACUGUGCAAAAUAGUACUUUGUUUUCUGGACUUAAAGUGAAGAAAGAUGUAUGUUGUAGAUGUAAUAAGAUUGUUUUAUUUAUGCUUUAAACGCCAAAAAAUUCA